CAGAUGUGUUUAUGUGAUGUUUGACUCUGAAUGCUUUGGUUUUUGUUUUCAUUUUGUGUUUGCAAUUGUGCCCGCUUGAGAAUUGGGAUCCACUGGCUACGUGACAAAAACAUUGCAGCAUGCCGUGUCAUUUCGGGGACAUUUGGUUUGUAUCUCGGGUGUUGUAAGUCUUAAGGGCGGUCAGGUGUCGUUGUCUCAAGCCAUUGUAGGCUUUUCACGUAAACAAAAUAAACUUAAAAUCGUCUACGUUCCCGAAAGCAUAAAAACCAACGCACUGUUUUGAGGGGACGUGGACAUGUUAGUUGUUCUGUUCGGAGAUGCUCGGCUGAGGAGCAGACGGGCAGGAGUGCGCGGUUUGUCAGCGUGGGAAUUACAUAUGGUAUGCGUGUGUGUGAACGAGAGAUGCAAAGAUCUCAGACAUGAUUGUUUUCCAAUAUGUAUGAGCAGGAGGUCGAAAAUAAACUACUCUGAAAAUAUUCUGAACCAUUUAUUUUUCAUUUUCUUUUUUUCGGUUCAGUUUCUCACCUUAGGUGAUUUUGUGGUGUGCGGUUUCCCAGAUCCCACGGGCAUAGACAGUUGGGUAUCACGAUUUAAAUCUCACGCUCAUAAUGAUAAACGCGGAGAAUCGUCAACAAUGUGGAAAUUGAUGCUGUCGGUCGAUAUUCGCAAUUCCAGGUUGGGAUUGAUUUGCGUCUUCCUGUGAGAGUCAAGAUAAGUGUCCUAGCCUUUUGGGCUUCUCUGUUCCAGACGUAGCCUGACAGCAAGUUUUAAAACGCGUCUCUAGAAAACAACCUCUUGGUGCCUACCCCUAAAAUAACCCAAAUAAGAGGAUGGGAGUUCUUUAAUUUAUGUUUUGCUACACGCAGUAAAUGGCACUUGAGUGUGUAAAUAGCUGCUCAACUGCAUUAGUGUUGCAAUGAAGCAGCGGGAAUUGUCUGGGAUAUAUCAGCCUGGUCGCACGGUUAUUCAAAGAAAGGAUUUUGUGUUGUCGUAUCGUCGGCCAAGCGCGCCGUUUACUCUUCCUUACAGGCCUGCGUGGGAUGGUGGUAUUUUAGCAUUAAUAGGGUGCCCGCAGGCGUGAUGUGUCCUGCUUACAUUAGUCUAUAAACUAGUGUUGGAGAGACGUGGUCUGUGUUCAGACAUACCGAAAGCAUCACCCACAUCCUUUGUGAACAAAUAUGAUCACGCAGAAUAUAGAUACGCUCAUAUAUUACGACCUUAAUUUUUUUUGUACCCCAGUGCAGUGCCCAUAUUAUAUGCGUUGAAUUCUGUUUAUGUGGAGUUUCAGUCAAAACCCCGUUUUUUUUGCCACUAUACGUUAGCCCACUGGGGUGCGUAAUGGGGUCUCCUUCCAGAGCCGCAAAAUUAACCAGCAAACAGACUCGUGUUCUGCGACGGGUGGAAAUAUUUCAUUAGCUGUCUGCUACCAUUACAGCGACUUUACCCGCCACUGCUUUCCUACUGUCACGUUCAAGAUUCAUUGUCCCUAUUCUAACGGAAGUUUUGCUGUGUGUAUGCGGAGGUUUCCUCACAGAUAUGCCGGAGCGAGCGGCGAAACAAAGCUGGUGCCUGGAGUUCCGGAGCAUGCUAGAAUCUGUAUGGGAUCGGACCAGCGGGGUGUCUGUGUGAGGUUCUGAACCAUGAGCUCCGGCUGCAGACUGCUGAAUUUUGGAUAGCUCACACACUCGCGUUGGCCAUCCAGCACACACACGGACACACAUACACACACACGUGCUCACUGCUGUGAACGUGUCGCGGCACCUACUCUCCCUCCCUCUCCCUGAAGAAAAAAACCCAGCGGAGAGAUUGGAACUCCUGGAUUCCCUCUUUCCCAUUUCCUUAAAAAGGUUUCAGCUGGACUCGUCUCGCUGUCUUUGUGGACAGGGAUUUAAUUGUCGUGAUAGAAUUAGCCCAACCAACCGCAUAUAUUGUUUCUCCAGGAUCAGAGGCUUCAGCCAAUGGAGAGGCGAAGACGAGAGUCAGGCUAGAGCAGCAGAAAAGGAAUAAUAAAAAAAAAGAAAACGGGAGGAGAAAAAAAACCACCGAGGAGGAGAAAGUGCUGAGCUGUUAGUGAGGUGAAUUGGGACCUGCGAGGUUUGCUUUCCGCGCACAACUCCAAACAGUGGGCUCAUCUGUGUAUCGGAGCGAUCAGCAGCUUCAUCUGCUCCCAGUGCCCAGCGGCGGGACCAGAACAAACAAAAUAAACAUCAAAACAAAAACAAACACUCGCAAAAAGAAAACGCAGAACACACAAUCCCAAACGAGUGUCGAGUGAGAAGGGGGCCCAGAUCUGAUCUGAACCACACACUCACACACACACACACACAGACACACACAUACACACAGUGUUUAUGUGUAAAAGAGUAAGUACUCGGCCGUCAAACAUGACCGCGGAGCAGAGUGUGUGUUUGCGGUGUCCCCUGGCGGCCCUGGCGCUCAUGUGCCUGCUGCUAUCGGCACGGGCGAUCGAGUUCGGGGGCGCCCCGGGCCAGUGGGCUCGCUAUGCCCGCUGGGAGGCCGGAGCGGUGGGCGAGCUGAGCUUCAGCCUGAAGACCAACGUCAGCAAGGCGCUGGUGCUCUACCUGGACGACGGCGGCAACUGCGACUUCCUGGAGCUGCUGGUCGCCGGCGGGCACCUGCAGCUGCGCUUCGCCAUCCACUGCGCCGAGCCGGCCAUGCUGCACAUGGAGACGCGCGUCAGCGACGACCGCUGGCACAUGGUGCUGCUCACGCGCAACUACCGCGAGACCAUGCUCAUGGUGGACGGCGAGACCAAGAUGGCCGAGGUGCGCUCCAAGCGCAAGGAGAUGGCGGUGGUCAGCGACCUGUUUGUGGGCGGCAUCCCGCCGGACGUGCGCCUGUCGGCGCUCACCUCCAGCACGGUGAAGUACGAGCCGCCCUUCCUGGGCCUCAUCUCCAACCUGAAGGUGGGCGAGAUGCCCCCCACGCUGGUCAACAGCCAGGGCAUCCAGAGCGACCUGGAGUACCUCUGCACCAAGCAGAACCCCUGCCUCAACGGAGGCUUCUGCUCCAUCCAGUUCGGAGAGGUCCACUGCGACUGCUCACUCACACGCUUCAAGGGGAAGUACUGCAAGGAAGAAGAGUAUGCCGUGGAAGGUCUGGCGCACCUGACGUUAAACAACCAAGGUGACUCAUCGCAAGCUGGGAGGGAAGAGUCGGUGGCCACCUUCAAAGGGAACGAGUUCUUCUGCUACGACCUGUCCCUGACACCCAUCCAGAGCAGCACGGACGAGAUCACUCUCUCCUUCCGCACGCUCCAACGCAACGGCCUCAUGCUGCACACGGGGAAGUCGGCCGACUACGUCAACCUGUCCCUGAAGAGCGGCGCCGUCUGGCUGGUCAUCAACCUGGGCUCCGGCGCCUUCGAGGCGCUGGUGGAGCCGGUCAACGGCAAGUUCAACGACAACACCUGGCAUGACGUCCGGGUCACGCGCAACCUGCGGCAGCACGCAGGCAUUGGACACGCUAUGGUAAACAAACUGCAUUAUCUGGUGACCAUAUCAGUGGAUGGUAUUCUCACCACCACUGGCUACACCCAGGAGGACUACACCAUGCUGGGCUCCGACGACUUCUUCUACAUCGGGGGGAGCCCCAACACGGCCGACCUGCCCGGAUCCCCAGUCAGCAACAACUUCAUGGGCUGCCUCAAGGACGUGGUGUACAAGAACAAUGACUUCAAGCUGGAGCUCUCCCGCCUCGCCAUCGAGCGUGAGCCCAAGAUCACUCUCUACGGUGACCUGGUGUUCCGCUGUGAGGACGUGGCGGCGCUGGACCCCGUCACCUUCGAGACGCCCGAGUCCUACAUCGCCCUGCCCAAGUGGGACACCAAGAAAACGGGUUCCAUCUCCUUUGACUUUCGCACCACGGAGCCCAGCGGCCUCCUGCUCUUCAGCCACGGAAAGAUCCAGAACCCCAAUGAGCAGCGCGUGGCCCGCGACCUGAAGGCCGACUACUUCGCCAUGGAGCUGCUGGACGGCUACCUGUUCCUGCUCAUGGACAUGGGCUCCGGCAGCAUCAAGCUCAAGGCCAGCAACAAGAAGGUCAAUGACGGGGAGUGGUGUCACGUGGACUUUCAGAGAGAAGGACGCAAAGGCUCCAUCUCCGUGAACAGUCGCACCAUGCCCUUCAACUCUAAUGAGGGCAGUGACUUCCUGGACCUGGACGGGGACAUGUUCUUGGGCGGCCUGCCGGAGUUACGGCAGGACAUGGUGCUGCCCCCGGAGGUGUGGACGGCGCUGCUGAACUACGGCUACGUGGGCUGCGUGCGCGACCUCUUCAUCGACGGGAAAAGCCGGGACGUGCGCCGCCUGGCGGAGAUCCAGAGCACGCCGGGCGUCAGCAGCUUCUGCACGCGCGAGCUCCAGAAGCGCUGCAGCAGCGCCCCCUGUGCCAACGGAGGACUCUGCAAGGAGGGGUGGAACCGCUACGUCUGCGACUGCACCGGCACCGGCUACCUCGGGCCCAACUGUGAGAUCGAGGCGACGGUGCUGAGCUACGACGGCAGCAUGUACCUGAAGAUCCUCAUGCCGCGGACGAUGCACACGGAGGCGGAGGAUGUGGCGCUGCGCUUCAUGUCCCAGCGCGCCUACGGCCUCCUCAUGGCCACCACCUCCAAAGAGUCCGCCGACACGCUCCGCCUCGAGCUGGACGGGGGGCGCGUCAAGCUCACCGUCAACCUAGAUUGUAUCAGGAUAGACUGUAAUCUCAGUAAAGGGCCUGAGAUGCUGUAUGCUGGACAGAAGCUCAAUGAUAAUGAGUGGCACAUGGUGAAGGUGAUGAGGAGAGGCAAGAACCUGCAGCUCACAGUGGACAACAUCACUACAGAAGGUCAGAUGACGGGCGCCCACACUCGGCUGGAGUUCCACAACAUCGAGACGGGCAUCAUGACGGAGCGCCGUUUCAUCUCGGUGGUGCCGUCCAACUUCAUCGGACACCUGCAGGGCCUGACGGUCAACGGCGUCCCCUACCUCGACCAGUGCAAGAAUGGCGACAUCUCGCACUGCGAGCUCAACGCCCGCUUCGGCAUGCGACACAUCAUCGCCGACCCGGUCAUCUUUCGGAGCAAAGGCAGCUACCUGGCGCUCGCCACGCUACAGGCCUACACCUCCAUGCACCUCUUCUUCCAGUUCAAGACCACCACGGCCGAGGGCCUGCUGCUCUUCAACAGCGGCGACGGCAGCGACUUCAUCGUAGUGGAGCUCGUCAAAGGGUACAUCCACUACGUGUUCAACCUUGGGAACGGGCCGUCGCUGAUGAAGGGCAACUCGGACAAGCCGCUGAACGACAACCAGUGGCACAACGUGGUGGUGUCCCGGGACAACAACAAUGUGCACACGCUAAAGAUCGACUCGCGCACCGUCACGCAGCACUCCAAUGGAGCCCGCAACCUGGACCUCAAAGGAGAGCUGUACAUCGGCGGUGUGGCGAAGAACAUGUAUAACAGUCUGCCCAAACUGAUAGCGUCCCGGGACGGAUACCAGGGCUGUCUGGCCUCAGUGGACCUGAAUGGCAGACUCCCCGACCUGAUCGCAGACGCACUCCACAGAGUGGGACAGGUGGAACGAGGCUGUGACGGACCCAGCACCACCUGCGCGGAGGACUCCUGCUCUAACCUCGGGGUGUGUCUGCAGCAAUGGGAGGGCUUCUCCUGCGACUGCACCAUGACGUCCUACGGAGGGACCUACUGCAGUGACCCUGGGACGACGUACAUCUUCGGCAGGGGAGGAGCCCUCAUCACGUACACCUGGCCGCCCAACGACCGGCCGAGCACCAGGGCAGACCGGCUGGCCGUGGGCUUCAGCACGCAGCUCAAGGACGCUGUGCUGGUCCGGGUGGAGAGCGCGCAGGGACUGGGAGACUACCUGGAGGUUCACAUAGAGCGGGGAAAGGUCGGCGUGAUCUUCAACGUGGGGACGGACGACAUCAGCAUCGAGGAGAGCGCGGUGAUGGUGAGCGACGGCAAGUACCAUGUGGUGCGUUUCACACGCAGCGGCGGCAACGCCACUCUGCAGGUGGACAACCAGCCCGUCAUUGAGCGCUUCCCAUCAGGGAGCUUUGAUAGUGAGCGCCUGGCUAUUGCUAGACAAAGAAUCCCGUUUCGACUCGGUCGAGUAGUUGACGAGUGGCUACUCGAGAAAGGUCGUCAGCUGACCAUCUUUAACAGCCAGGCGUUCAUAAAGAUCGGCGGCGGUGAGAAGGGCCGCCACUUCCAGGGCCAGAUCUCGGGCCUGUAUUACAACGGGCUGCAGGUGCUGAAGCUGGCGGCCGAGGGCAACCCCAACGUGCAGGCGCAGGGCAACCUGCGGCUGGUGGGCGACGUGCCCUCGGUGCUCGCCACCGACACCACCGCCACCACGCCCCUCGCCGACAUGUCCACCACCAUCAUGGAGACCACCACCACUAUGGCAACCACCACCACCCGCAAGCAGCGCUCGCCCACCAUGAGGGACAGUGUCACACAGAACACGGAUGACCUGUUAGUAGCUUCAGCGGAAUGUCCAAGUGAUGAUGAGGACCUUGAGGAGUGUGAGCCGGGAAAUGAUCCGUCCUCGCCGGACCGGGGCCCGCCCGGCGCAGUGGAGGUCAUCCGAGAGUCCAGCAGCACCACCGGCAUGGUGGUGGGCAUAGUCGCCGCGGCAGCGCUCUGCAUCCUCAUCCUCCUCUACGCCAUGUACAAGUACCGCAACCGCGACGAGGGCUCCUACCAGGUGGACCAGAGCCGCAACUACAUCAGCAACUCGGCCACGCAGAGCAACGGCACGCUGGUGAAGGAGAAGCAGCCCGGCACGGCCAAAACCACCACCAAAAACAAGAAGAACAAAGACAAGGAGUACUACGUCUGAGGACUAGACUCUGGAGAGAGAUUGGGGGGGGAGAGGGAGAGGGAGAAGGGAGAGAGAAGGAGAGAGAGAGAGAGGGAGAGGGAGAGGGAGAGAGAGAGGUGGAGGAGAGCGGGUGUUGGAUCAGGUUGGCUUUAAGGUUUCAGCAUUAUCACGUCAAAUCUGGUGUUCAUUUCUAUACAUCCCUAGCUGUUAUAUUAGCUGUUGUCUACAUCCUCUCCUAGCGAUGGGAAACUAGCCUCCAUCCCAUGUGCAUCUCAGACCCGUUCAAAUGACAGGAUUUUAGUCAGAAUGGGAGCCCAUAACAAAACCCUUACGGUCACAGGUUAAUGAAGACUUAGCUAACACAAACCGCCAAACACAUCAUUGUAAUAGCUGUAUGUGCCAAGAUCCAUGAUGUAUUCUUGCAGUUCCAGUAUAAAUCCUCUAGGGGUGGUGUCUGUGGAACAGCGUUUACUAGCCACUAAAGUGAUUCAUCCAUCCGAGGAAGACUUGAAAAUAUUAAAGCUUGAAUCCAUUAGGUGAUUUAGUGUCAAGAAACGCAAAGAAACUAAUCGUAAUGACAGAUUAUGGGUUUGGGAUAGAGAAUGAAAUCCCAAAAUUUCAAGUCCAAUUAGUGUUAAAGGUGUUAGCAUGAGGGAGCGACCGUGGCUAAAUCUCAUCACGUAAAAUACUGCCAGUACAACUCUGUGUCAAAUACGCCAGCUACUCCAGCUAGUAUUCAGGGUCGAACCACCACUUCAGUGAAGCUCUCUCUCUCUCUCUUCCCCUCCCCCCUUCUUCACUCCCUCCCUCUCGCACUCUCGCUCUCUCUCUCUCUCUCUCCGCUCCGCUCCCUCCCAUCUCCGGCUCACCUGCUCUCGUUCUCUCCUGGUGAGUGGUGCCCAGCGGCUGUGUUUCAAGCAUGUAGUGUUCAUAACUGACAAAGAGACACAAACUGUUUUUACUCUGGGACAAAAAAACACAUACUCAGAAAGAGAAGAAAAAAAAGCAAAACAAACAAACCAACACGCAAACAAACAACAAAGUGACUCGCGAAAAUCACCACGACAACUAGCAGCGCAGGAGAGAUGAAGCGACGGAUGCUGCGUUCAGCCACCAAAACUCUCCGAGGCCAAACUACUCCUGAUCGUCUUUUCGUUUUGAUUCAGCAAGAUUAUGUGUCAUGGGGAGGGACUCGGCCUUGACCGUCCACUCCAUCACUGAGACCAGAAAAAAAUAAAAAAUAAUAAAAUAAAAAAUGAAAAAAUAGUUACAGCCACUAAAUGACUCAGUUCUAUAUGAAUAUAUACAUGUAUAGACAAUUACAACAAACACUGGCGGGACCUAUACGGAAGAAUAUCGGAGAUGCUCGACGGUGAGAGUCACAUGAAGAUGGACUUGAGAUUGUUCCGGAAAAGCUUGUCCAGUCAUCUCCCUCCCCCUCAUACCCAGUCCAGUCGGGACAACCUGUCGACGUCCCUGUGUGUGUGUGUGUGGCGAACACAGCCUCUCAGCUUGAACUAUAAGGACAACUAGGAUUCUAGUGUCUGUCAGUUGGUUGGUUUGGUUCCGUUGUUUUGCGUUCCAAGCAGGUUUUUUAUUUUAUUUUAUUUGCGUUCCUUUUGUUCGGCGCCCGUGUGAGAGACUGGGGAUAUGCUUAAGUGCUUCAGUGAGCUGAGCCAAGCUGAGCUGCUGGGAGAGAGACUCUUCAGGAGGAGACAGAGACUCUUCCUGCCUUUGGUGUCACAGUGGACAGCAGAGCAGGAACAAACCAGUGGAAACUUUCAGUGGAAAGAACCAAGCGUGCGCACACACACACAGACAGACACACACACACAAACACACACACACACACACAGACACACACACACACACACACAUGCAUACUGUCCACAUGCUGACAUGCCGGUUCUCUUGCUGUUGCUGCUGUCCGAGUGAACUCUAGUACUGCGACUUUCUCGACUCUAUUAAAAGAACUAAACUGUACCAUGAAAAGAAAAGAAAAACCUUCAAAAAAAGUUUGUGAAAUGUCUUAAUAUUUGAAUCAUCCCAUUACUGAAAAAAAAGAAAAGUGUUUUCCCUAUGAACAUCCCUGUUUGGAGUUAUAAAAAAAAUACAGAAAUUACUGAUCCUGGGAAAUGACAAACUUUAUAAUUACUUCUUAUUUUUUUUAUAAUUUUCCUUCUUUGUUUCCUCAACUGUGUUAACUGUAAUCUGGUUUGCAAACACUCAAAUCCCCCCCCCUCCCCAUCAGUCUCCCCCCAUCACCAGUUUCCUCCUUUACUUUUCCAUUCUAGACUCAACUCGUCUCCAUGUAACCAUGGUGACCGCCCACUGUCACUUCUUCGCCCACUCCAGAUUAUUGUAUUCUUUUAUGUUUGUAUUCUUUUAUGUCUGCCUGUACUGGGGCACUGUGUCUCUCUAUCUGCCCACUCCUGUACCGGAACAUGACCAGUGUCCUCUCUCUCUCUUCUCUCUCUUCUUUACGUUUCUUUCUUUUGAGGGGGGGAUUUGAGUCCCCCUCCCCCAUUCCCUUCCCCCCCCAUGGCAGACAUGCUUCUCCCAGUAACUUCCUGUUCUUUCUAAAUGUUAUUGUAAAGUGUUCAGUGAAUUGAAUCUAAAUAUGUGUACAUUAUCAGAGGGGAAUACAAUUGGUUAUAUACUUCUUA